AUGUGUUUUCCACAGGGAAGCAUAAUAAUGCUGAAACUCUGGACUCUCCUUCUUGCCUACACGCUGAUCAUUUGUCAGAUGUACGUCUCACAGGCAGCUCCAUCAAGAACUAGUAAGGAGUCGAUGUCAGAUGGAGUCACGCUCUCGAAUGAUGAUGCACAAAACUUACUCAGAGCUAUCAAGGAGUUCAUGCAGAUAACUUCAGAUGAUGUGCAGGACCACCAAACAGCUGAUGGAAACAGCCUGGAUAGACCCAUGUCUAAGCGCUGCACCGGCUUAAGCACGUGUGUGCUGGGCAAACUCUCCCAGGAUAUUCACAAACUACAAACCUAUCCCCGCACCGACGUGGGAGCAGGGACGCCUGGCAAGAAGCGAAGUCUAUCCGAGCAAUAUGAAAACUACGGCAACUCAUUCAAUUGA